AUUUUUCUCUACGUCAGCGUAGGGAGCGCGAUGUCGGGAGCGAGCUCGGACAAGAGCCGAGUUGCGUCAGUGCCGAGCGCGUGUUCGUCCCGGGCGCGCGCAUCCCGGCCAGCUCUGGGGCCCCGGCAGGGCUGGGAAAUGAUGGAGCAGGCGGAGGCAGAGGCGACCGAGUGUUGAGUGGAACCUGCGGAAUCUGCCGCGAUGGGAUCGGGCGCUGGCUCGCCCUUUGGGGCCCUCCGGCUCCAGUGGCUGCUGUUGUUUGGCUUGGUGGGCCCAGUUCUCGGUGGGGCUCGGCCAGGUUUUCAACAGACCUCGCAUCUCUCUUCUUAUGAAAUUAUAACUCCUUGGAGAUUAACUAGAGAACGAAGAGAAGCUCCUAGGCCCCAUUCAGAACAGGUAUCUUAUAUCAUUCAAGCUGAAGGAAAAGAGCAUAUUAUUCACUUGGAAAGGAACAAUGACCUUUUGCCCCGAGAUUUUGUAGUUUAUACCUACGACAAGGAAGGGGCUCUGAUCUCUGACCAUCCUGAUUUACAGAAUCAUUGUCAUUAUCGGGGCUAUGUGGAGGGAGUUUAUAAUUCAUCCAUUGCUCUUAGCGACUGUUUUGGACUCAGAGGAUUGCUGCAUAUAGAGAAUGUGAGUUACGGGAUUGAACCUCUGCAAAACAGCUCUCAUUUUGAGCACAUCUUUUAUCGGAUGGAUGAUGUCCACAAAGAGCCCCUGAAAUGUGGGGUUUUCAACAAGGAUAUAGAGAAAGAAACCAUAAACUAUGAAGAGGAAGAGCCUCCUAGCGUCACUCAGCUACUUCGAAAAAGAAGAGCUGUCCUGCCACAGACCCGAUAUGUGGAGCUGUUCAUUGUCGUAGACAAGGAAAGGUAUGACAUGAUGGGAAGAAAUCAGACUGCAGUGAGAGAGGAGAUGAUCCGUUUAGCAAACUACUUGGAUAGUAUGUAUAUUAUGUUGAAUAUUCGAAUUGUGCUGGUUGGACUAGAGAUUUGGACAAAUGGAAACCUUAUCAACAUAAUUGGAGGUGCUGGUGAUGUGUUGGGGAACUUUGUACAGUGGCGUGAAAAGUUUCUCAUAACACGUCGGAGACACGACAGUGCACAGCUAGUUCUGAAGAAAGGUUUUGGUGGGACUGCAGGAAUGGCAUUCGUGGGAACAGUAUGUUCAAGGAGCCACGCAGGCGGGAUUAACGUGUUUGGGCAAAUCACAGUGGAGACGUUUGCAUCCAUUGUUGCUCAUGAGUUGGGUCAUAACCUUGGAAUGAAUCAUGAUGAUGGCAGAGAUUGUUUUUGUGGAGCAAAGAGCUGCAUCAUGAAUUCAGGAGCAUCAGGUUCCAGAAACUUUAGCAGUUGCAGUGCAGAGGACUUUGAGAAGUUAACUUUAAAUAAAGGAGGAAACUGCCUUCUUAAUAUUCCAAAACCUGAUGAAGCAUAUAGUGCUCCUUUCUGUGGUAAUAAAUUGGUGGAUCCUGGGGAAGAGUGUGACUGUGGUACUCCAAAGGAGUGUGAAUCGGACCCUUGUUGUGAAGGAAGUACUUGUAAACUUAAAUCAUCUGCUGAAUGUGCCUACGGUGACUGUUGUAAAGACUGUUGGUUCCUUCCAGGAGGUACUUUAUGCCGAGGAAAAACCAAUGAAUGUGAUGUUCCAGAAUAUUGCAAUGGUUCUUCUCAGUUCUGUCAGCCAGAUGUUUUUAUUCAGAAUGGAUAUCCUUGCCAGAAUAACAAAGCCUAUUGUUACAAUGGCAUGUGCCAGUAUUAUGAUGCUCAGUGUCAAGUCAUCUUUGGCUCAAAAGCCAAGGCUGCCCCAAGAGAUUGUUUCAUUGAUGUGAAUUCUAAAGGUGACAGAUUUGGCAAUUGUGGUUUCUCUGGCAAUGAAUACAAGAAGUGUGCCACUGGGAAUGCAUUGUGUGGAAAGCUUCAGUGUGAGAAUGUACAAGAAAUGCCUGUAUUUGGUAUUGUGCCUGCUAUUAUUCAGACUCCCAGCAAAGGCACCAAAUGUUGGGGUGUGGAUUUCCAGCUAGGAUCAGAUGUUCCAGAUCCUGGGAUGGUGAAUGAAGGCACAAGGUGUGACGAUGGAAAGGAGCACCAUGAUCAGCUAACCAAUGCCAUAGGUGUGGGCAAGUCUGACUUUUCUGAUUGCUUCUUUGACGUUGCUGUUUAUUAUGGCAGCCAUAUCGACCUUGCCUCUGCAGUUAAGUGCCUUUGCACUUGGCCCCUGCCUCUUGACGUUCAAUUACUCCCAUGGCAUUAGGUGUUCCAAUUCAGGGACUGUUAUUCCUAAUGCAAAGUGGCCUACCAGUAAGAGUGAUGAUAUAGAAAUUUAGGCCUGCAGGGACUCCCCUCACAAAUUAUGUCUCACAGUUAUGGUGAAAGGUAUGUCUGCUGGACCCUUCCAGAGUGAGUAAAUGGGUUGGAAGUGGCAGACCCAUUCUUAACAUUCCAUUCUUCCCUAAGCUUUUGAAUCAUCUCUUGUGCCUUUAAGCAAGACAAGGCUAGCAUUUCCAGCUUGCUCAGCAUGGGCUAACUUUUGGUGCAUGUUUCAGCUGAUUAACCAACAAACUAUUAAAGCUCUUUGUAACCUUUUUCUGACCUGCAACAUUAAAUGCAGAAUCUCUACUUAGUAAGUGUCAUGGUAAAUUUGGCCUCAUCCAACUUUCUGUUCCUUCCACCAUUAUCCCACACCCUUAAUAUCCAUUCUGAUACAUGUUCUGUCAUGAUAAAUUAGAAAACUCAAGUAGUUCUUUUGGUAUUUAGUACACCUCCUAACAGGUCACACUUUUAGGGGCCUGCUGAGACUUGAGACUAGUGAUAGGUCUAAAAGCGAGGAGGGCCAGUGGCCAUGAGUCCUGAGGAUAAUCAGCAUUGUCUUGAAUGGCAGUUUCCUCACUUGAGGCCAUUACAAUUUCCUCGGGCAAUGCAGUGCUAAUCCCUUUUUUUGGAGUAGAAAGGGCUUUUCUGUUGAGGGUAGAGAGACUGCUUCUACUGGCAAUGUAGACUCAUCAGUAUUUAGGGGCUCGAUGAUUUAGGUUAGACUUUUGUUCAUUUGAUCUAGAAUUUUUCUUCUUAUACAGAUAUCAGGGUCUUCCCACACAUCUGCUUUCCAACUUUAGGAUCCCAUUCUAUUCCCCUAAUGCCCUCACUUUAAUGGUAGAUAGGCUGUAGAGCUAGGAGGUCCAACUUGUGUUGUAAUCUCACCAGUUGUAGGAUGAAAUUCUGGGUUUGAUUUUCAGAGGUCUCAGCCCUAUAGCUACAAAAGAUUAGAGUCUCCUUCAGGUUACUUUUGUUGUGUUUGACCUGAGAGUUCAAGUUUCUGAGCUUAUUCUUUUCAUUCUUUACUUUGUUCUGUUACAUUAGGAGUAACCACCGAUCUCAUAUUUAUUAGUUUGAGAGAGAUGUUUGAAAGUAUCAUAUGCACAAUUACCCAGAUCCUUGAUUCUUAUAAGUUGAUUAGGAAUAACCAGUGGUGAUAUUUUACAUACCUUUCUGCCAGAACAUGCCAUGGAUUCUCAGUACUGUGCUGUUGCAAAUAGAGUCACUAACAUCUUUAAAUGUAGUCAGGUAAGAGAACCAAUUCCAGAAGCCUGGGGGCCAAUUCAGAAAACUCAUCCUUAAAAACUGUUCUCCAAAACCAGUCUUCGUAUCUGCAUU